AGAUGUCGAUCUAUAAAUGUUUUGAGAACUUUCUCCAAUGACCACUCUUACACAUGCAUCAAAUACACACGUCUCAGGAACUCGACAGAAAGUUUGCAAUCACGACGUGUUGUAAUUAAAAUUAUUUUUUUGUUUUUAUUUAUUACGAGAACCUCUGGGCGUUAAAGCAUGUCUGAAAGGAGAGAGUUUGUCUCUGUGUUAACUGUGUAUGGCUUGAGCUUUCUGGUCUACUUAAUGUCCAGUGGUUCACUCGUCUCUUGCUAUAUAGAAGAUGGUGUACAAGAUGAUAUUUAUAUAGUGCCUCCUUUACCUCAAGACGUACCCUACCCAUUGAUGUUGCACGAGCGUGACGUCAUUCACUAUGUCGACACCAACAAGGACUUCUUGGAAAUCGGAAGUGGAUCGUUCGCUAACAUCACGCUGGGAGAGCUCCGAGAGUCGGGGCUGCCCGUCGUCAUCAAGAAAUUCAGAAAAACCUCAUUUUACGACAUUCUUCACGAAGUCAGGGUGCACAGACAUGUUGAACCUCUGGGCUUCACGCCUUUGCUGAUUGGACUUCUCCCGACUGGACCGAUGUCUCGAAACAUCUCCUUGGUCUACGAGUAUAUUGACGAUGCAAAAGAUCUCUACGAUUUCUUGUACGACGAAGAAUCGUUGAGCCCAUUGCAGUGGCUGCAAAUCUGCCACGAGCUGGCAGUCAGCCUGCAUCAGCUCCAUCAGAAGGGCGUCCUGUUCAACGACCUCCACCGGAAGAACGUCCUCGUGCAGCGGGUGGGUGACAGAAUUAGGACGUACAUUAUUGACUACGGGCUGGCCACGUACAAGACAGGGAAGCUCUACAAGAAUGAUGAGAAGUCUCUGGAAGGCUACUACUACCUGGCUCCGGAGCUGGUCAAUCACACCUACACCUCAGAGGCGUCGGACGUUUACGCGUACGGAUAUAUUCUCCAGAAAAUAGGUGAGCUGUUUCCUGAGCCAAGCCUUCAGCAGUUGGCUCAUGGGUGCUGUUCCAGUGACCCGAAAGACAGGCCGGAACUUCCUGAGGUGAUCGCUAAGAUAGAGCGUAUUUACUUGGACUUAACUUCCUCUUGCAGCCAUGACAGACUCGACGGGAAGAAGUGCCAGGAUCUUAUUCGUUUCCGGCAUGUUAAACGAAACGAGAAUGAGACGGGUUCAGCGUGGGAUACACAGAACAACAGGUCAACUCUUAGAGAUGGUAUAACCACUCACAAGAGUGUACAGCCCAAGCUAGUCAACGUCAACGGUCAUUUCGACUGUCGGACAUCAAUACCGGUGAUGAACUCGAAGGACUUUGUCCAUGGAGAAACGGAGUGGAUCACAGAUCACGAAGACCACAAGGACAACGCCAUUCGCCUUGCGGUUCUUAGAGACUUGAACCGAACGGUCAUCGUUAAAGAGUUCUACAAUGUAAACUACGAAGUGGUCCGUGAAGAGACCUGCUUCACGAUGUAUUUGGCAAACAUUGGCGUCGCUCCUAAAGUGAUAGGCAUCACACUGGAGUAUAAGAAACUCUCGGACAUAGCUUUCGUGCAGGAAUUUUUCGGUUUUGGUGUGACGCUCUUUUCAUUUGUCAAAUUAACGCAGAAAUUUGAAUGGGAUUUGAAAAAUAUACGAAAAGUCUCCGAAGACGAGCUGGACUUUGACGAAGUUUUCCUGACAAGACCUGAUGUAUGUCGUGUUCAUGUAAAGCAGUUAUUUCUGUCUAUCUUGUCGGAUUACACUGGUCCUAUAUGCAAGGCAAAGUCGUACAGACAAAGAAUCUUAGAAAAUGUCGCUAGACUUCUAGUGGCACACUUGCAAGUGGCGCACGAUUCGGGAUUGCUGAUUAAUAAUUUUAGAACUGAAAACAUCAUCGUCAAAUGGAAUGGAACGCAACAAGGUCAAAUAGCGGACACGCUGGACACUGCCGUGGACAUCCGAUUAGUGGAUUUAAAUGUUGUCACGUCCCUCACCAGGGGCUUACAGUUCACCCCCACUCCCCUGAUUGAGAACAAACACACUUACGUUGCUCCGGAAGUCGUCCUCGGCCGUAUGACGAGCGUAGAGUCGGACAUCUAUAGCGCAUGCGUGGCUGUGAGGUGGAUGCUGCUGAACUACUUCUCUGACGACGAUGUGGCCGUGGAAUUCCAGCGUUUCCGGGCCGGCCACCAUCAGAGCCACUCGAAUGUGGUAAGUCACUGUUCUCGGGAGAACGGCAGCUGCAAGGUGAGCCAAGGUAGCCAGGUGUGGACGCUGGGCAGAAGAUUCAUAAGGCACCACUAUGACUCUCCCUACUCCAAACUUCAGAGGCUCCUACUGAAAUGCCUCCACUCUUCUCAUGGGCUUAGGCCUAGCACACGAGACAUCAUCCAAUUGUUACAAGAAGUUUCCGCAUCGAACUACGACGGGGCUUGGUUCUAGUAAAUACGUAUACAUUUAGACACAGCAUUAUCAUCAUGCAUUCUUAAAUUACGUUGUGAUGACAUCUUACACUUACAGAGAUGACACUUGAAGUGUAAGUGUAUUUAUGCUAGUUUCAGCUGUAAACAGCUGAGUUACUAUGGUAUCAUUACCGGUUAUUCGGGCAACCUUGAUUAUACUAUUCAUUUGAGUGCCUUACAGUAUGGAUCUCAGGUACUAUAUUAGUAUUGUGCCUUUGUGUUAAAAUACAUGUAUAUAUGUUUUUAUUACCCGAUGUAUGGUUUGAGAUCAGCAUUGUCCAUUGCUUAAUUAUUAAUGUCGUAAACAUCCUACCUGACGUACAAUUGAUUAUGAACAGAGUAAUCUGCUCUUUGUUUACAUUGUCUUAGGAAUUCUCUUACUAACUUGCAAGCUCAAUGGGUACUCGGACACCGCACCUGGACACGAAUUUCGAAAACGGCUUUAAAGAUUUUCCUGAACAUUUUUACAGCUUAUGUAUAUCUUUGAGGAAAAAAUACUACCUAAUUGGUCACACAGGGGAAAAUCUAGAUUGACGUUAUAAAUUUUCAAAAUUUAAUCAUCUUAAAAUUUAAUUUGGUCUAGUUUGAACCUUUUCCAGUGGGAGUCCCAGCAUGUAUAUAGUAAAUAGACUUUAAGGAACAUUUUGAGCACAGUUUUAUGUAGAGAUCAUCUAUUUAUUUAUUAAUUUCCUUCCACAGUGCUAACAAUGCGCCCAAAUAUUAUUGCCAGGUUUUAACAAUGUAUUGUUGAUCAACACUUCCGUAUUCUGCACACCGGAUACACCAGGAAGCUGGCUAUUGAUAGAUUUACCUGCCCAUUUUAGGACAAUCUCCAACAUAUGUGCGUGAAAGAAUUUAUGUUUAAUUGUAUUUUUGUUCCGGAUUUGAGUCUAACUAGCCCCAAGUCACAUGAAGUUUAACAAUGAUAAUAGAGUUUUUUUGUUUGCUUGUUGUUUUUUUGUCAUUUUUAAAGCUUUGAAACAUUCUCGUGUUUUGUAACUAAUGCUUUUUACGAAAUUAUAUAAAUUUGCUCCGUUUUUAUGUCUGUCUGGGUGAAAUCGUUCACACGUUAUUUCUCCAACUUCACAUUCUCGGAUCAAGUAGAAAAUGUGCACAAGUG